AUGAACAAGGGCCUCAACCACCUCUUCCCCCCACAGCUCCUGCAGCUCCUCCAGUUCCUCCCCUGGAGAAUUAUCAAGUGCAAGCUCAACAAACACCUAUCGAAUGAGCUUGAAAUCGUUCGCUUAGCUAGAGGAGGCUCUGCUGAAAAAUCUGGACAAAUUCAGCCUGGAGACGUAGUGUUUGAAGUCGAUAAUCACGAUGUAUACAAAAAGCCUUUCCAGGUAUUUGUUCAGCACAUCCAGGGACCUGUUGGCACUUUUGUGGAAGUCAAAGUUUUCAAAAAUGGAGAUCCAAACAAUGCUCGAGCGGUCUUACUCGAGCGUACCUUGAAUCCAGAGGAUCCAAACCAAGCUGCGAACAAACAGAAGCAACGAGCGCAGCAACCAUUGACUUCAAAUGUUUCUGGUGCAGCUGAUAUUGGCAUUCAAUUUGACUCCACCGACGAUGGAUGCUUCCAGAUUACACACAUUAAGCCUGGGGGGCCUGCUGAUGUCAGUGGGCAUGUCGAAAUAGGUGACAUCAUAUACGAAAUUGAUGGUGUUAAAGUUUUUUACGGAAUCGGACCAAAUGGGCGCACUGUACACCCUGUCGAAAUAGCGGAAAUGCUCCGUGGACCGGAAGGCUCUGUCAUGGUCUUGCGGUUACAAAAGGCCAAGGGUGGGCUUGCACAGAUUAAUCUCGUGAGAUCAUCGGGCACUGCGCCUAAACCUCAGCAGCCUCAAAUUUCUUUCCAAGUUUCAACUACGCCAAAGGUCGCUCAACAACCAAUUCCACCCCAACAAGCUCCUGCACCACCCGCGCCACCACCUCAACCGACUGGUCCAGGUCCUGUAGCGCCCAAGGCAGCAUUGGUUGACUUGACUCCUGCGAGAGAGUAUCAGCCUACGACAGGGGAAUCAGAUAUCUUUGGACUGGGUCUCGCAUUCAAGAACUACGGUAAUGGCCAGAUUCGGAUUGCAAAGGUUAUCGAUAACGGACCUGCCAAGCAAUAUGGCAAGGACAAAAUUCAAGAAGGCGACUGGCUCAUUGGGAUAGGAAACGAAAGGAAUCAACUAGUACCCAUUCGUGGCGGUUUUCGACCAUUGGCAACCAUGAAAAAAAUGCUUUCUAAAAAGUUGUGGAUGGACAGGGUCAUUCUCCGAUUGCGGCAUGCCGGAGCUCCGGACUCUGAAUUUUAUGAUGUAACAAUGUACAAAGGGAGAACCGGUGUGAAACGAGAAGACUGUGAGGUCGGCAUUGUGUUCCACCAAGACCUUGGUGGUCAUCGUUGGGUUAGGGUAAAACAAGUCAUACCAAAUGGUCCUGCUGACUUGUUAGGGAACGUGGUCAAGGUCAACGACAGGAUUUUAGAGGUCAAUGGACAAGAUAUAGCGAGAAAACCUCUUGAAACCUGGCAUAAUCUUCUCACUGGCAAAGAAGACACAGAAUGUGUUAUGACGUUUGCAAACUUCAAAGGGGAGCUGUACACUUGUAACGUUGUUAGAAAACCUGUGGGAAUUGUUGCCCCUGAAGCUGAAGACGCUAUGGAUCAAAAAGACCUCUCCACUUUCAUCAAUCUGAAAAAGGUGGAUCCCAAUGCAAUCAACAUUCCGUCUCCAAAUAAUGAAAAGCCCGUACGCGUGAUGCGCCCACGAAUGGUUCCUCAGAAGAAAUAUGUUGCAAACUUGAGUGGUGUGCAUUGUGGUAUCUCAUUUGUCAAAAAAGAAGAUCGAGGUGAGGUUGUGGUGGACCAUUUGAAUUUGAACGGACCUGCAUUCCACUUGAAUCCAAAAAAUAUUUCUGCUGAUUGGGACGUGAAGAAGAUUUUGCCUGGCGAUGUGGUGCACAAGAUUGGUGACGCUCCAACAAGUCCAGUGCAAGUGUUCCCCUACCAAGACGUUUACAAAAAAACCGUUCAUGAAUGGGCCCAUGCUAUCACUGAUGGUCAGCCUGGAACAGAUGUUCUGAUAGAGUUCGAACGAACGGGGAAAAAGUAUGAAGCUUUGGUACCACGCGCUCCAAUCAUUACAAAGACGGGAGUGCAGGAAUGGUAUAGCCCUGGAAUCAGUUUCUCCUACCAUAAUGAGACUCUCUAUGUUGAAAAAGAUGGCAUAGUACCAGGAUCGUAUGCGGAAACGGCACCUGGGGAGCAGCUGGUCCCUGGAUUGUUAACUCCAACAGGCAGGAAAUUUGACGGCAUCCGUGAGUACUACCAAUUGGUGUCGAUUGACAACCUUCAUUUUGGAAAGGGAAAAUUCGAUGAGAUUCAGCAGAUUCUAAAUGAAAUGUUGAUUGGUCCUCAAGACUCUCAAUUAGACGUCGUCUUCAAGACUGCGGGAGGGAACAUUAAGUAUACCUUGAAACGGGAUCAGAAGUUGAAAAUGCAAGGAGUCGAAGGCGAGAAGGGUGUGAAACCUUUGGCUUUUGCCGAAAGGCAGCUGAUGCCCGGAAAAGGCGUUCCUGUUUUACAUCCAAUGUGCAAUCCACCUCUUUGGAAAAGUCUAGUCCAGGAUUGCAUGGCCGCAGCCCGGGGUGAAGCGUUUGAUGACAAAUCUUUCAAGUGGAGGGGGCGAAUCCUUUUGCGCACAGGCUCGACACCAGGAAUCCAAAUGCCAGAUGGCAUGUGGAAGGUUGAAGAUGUGAAAACUAAGGAGGUGAUGUACUACGGACCAGGUCCUUCCGAACUUUCAGAUGCAGAACAGCAAGAAAUGGAGACACCACAGGAAGAAGAGAUUGGCGCCGGAGUUUCAGAUCAGCUUGAAGCUUCUGCUCCAGUUUCUUCUGCCCAACACCCUGCUUCUCCAUCUUCUCAACCGGCUCCGCCACCGGCUGAAAGAAAAUCUGCUCCGCAAUCGCCUACAUCACAUCCGCAGAUUCCGGCGGCUCCGCAGAUGCCCCCCCCACCCCCACCUGCACCGCCAGCCCCGCAGGUUGAACCUCCAGCUCCGCCCGCCCCUCCAGCAGCUCCUGAAGCUCCUGCGACAAGCAAAGAUUCACUUCCUCCCACUGUGCAAGCAGCACCGACUGAGCAGAAGCAAGCUGAAUCAAGUCAAGCUCCAGCAGAAACAGACGAGGAUGAUGAGAGUGUAUUGAAGUUGUCGGAUGGAAGCAAAGUCGAGGCAAUCAACCUCGAGAAAGUUCUAUUGAGGCAUCUGGACGCGGUAGCGCACGUCAUGGUUGUAGGGAGCGGAAAAGAAUUCUUGUCAUGCAUGCUGGUCUUGAAGACAAAGGGAUCUGAGGCAGCUGAAAGAGGAGAAGAUCCUUCAACUAUCCCAGACAAAGACGAUCUUGCUGAACCUGCUCUGGAGCUGACAAGGAAAGUACAAAGCGAUGCAACCACUGUUCAGAAAGCCAGGGCCUGCACGAAGUUCAGGGCGAACGGGCUUCUUCCUGGCUUUGCUGCAGCAAAUCAAGAGAUCGCAGUGCCGGCACAACAGGUCCGACGAUUUUCUAUCCUCGUCAAGCAUUUUUCGAAGAAGUCUGGAGAAAUCAAUGCUGAUGGAAGCUUGAAUCGAUUGCUCAUCAAGAAACAGAACAAGAACAUUAUCGACGGAAUGUAUCAACAGAAAGCUCCUGCAUCAGCCAAGCAGUAA